AUGAUGCCUUAUUACAAAUUUAAUCUUUCCUCAGUGAUAAGCAGAAAACCCUUCUUCGGUGCUCUUCGAAUCCGAAGACUUGCUUUGUCUUCUUUAGCGCCAAAUUGGACGUACCUAACUACUUUAUGCCUCAACGGUCCCCUGAACGAAGCCUUAUUGGAGAUGGCCAAACAAGGCCUAGAGAUGAAGUUCAAAGACUACGACACACUGUUAAACCAAUGCGUGAAACAAAGAGCUUACAGAGAAGGCCAAAGGGUCCAUUCCCACAUGAUUAAAACUCAUUAUGAACCACCUGUGUACCUUAGGACGAGAUUGAUCGUGCUUUAUGUUAAGUGCGACUGUUUGAUGGAUGCAAGGUAUGUGUUUGACGAAAUGCCCGAGAGGAAUGUGGUUUCGUGGACUGCUAUGGUCUCGGGAUACGCUCAAAAUGGUCACUGUUUGAAAGCUCUUGAUCUUUUUGUAGAGAUGCUAAGAGAAGGUGCUGAGCCAAAUGAAUUCACAUUUACAACAAUAUUAAGGUCGUGCAUUGGUAAAUAUGGCUUAUUCCAUGGGAUGCAAAUUCACUCUCUUUUAGUUAAGUACCCCUUUGGAUCCCAUCUAUUUGUUGGAAGCUCUCUUCUUGAUAUGUAUGCGAAAGCCGGCAGAACUCAGGAAGCUCUAAUUAUUUUUGAAGGCCUCCCUGAAAGAGAUGUAGUCUCAUGUACUUCAAUUAUAUCAGGUUUUGCUCAACAAGGGCUUAAUGAAGAGGCAUUAGUGAUUUUCCGCAAAUUGCAGAUUGAAGGGAUGAAUUUUAACUAUGUAACUUAUGUGAGCAUUUUAACUGCAUUAUCUGGCCUUGCUGCAAUUGAACUAGGAAGACAAGUUCAUGGCCAUGUUCUGCGUUUAGAACUUCCCUUCUUUGUAGUGCUUCAGAAUUCUCUGAUUGAUAUGUACUCAAAAUGUGGGCAUCUUGAUUACUCGAGGAGGAUCUUUAAUAGCAUACCUGAGAAAACUAUUGUAUCCUGGAAUGCCAUGCUUGUGGGGUAUAGCAGGCAUGGGAUGGGAAAAGAGGUAGUUGAACUUUAUGAUCUGCUGAAAGAAGUAAGUGGAGUUAGACCGAACAAUGUUACUGUUUUGGCUGUACUGUCAGGCUGCAGCCAUGGAGGAAUGGAGCUUAAAGGAUUGGAAAUUUUUGAUGAAAUAUUUAGUGAAGAUGAUGGAUUUGAGCUCACAAUUGAGCACUAUGCCUGUGUUGUUGAUUUGCUGGGGCGUUCUGGUCAAUUGGAUAGAGCACUGCAGUUUAUCAAGCAGAUGCCCCUUGAACCAAAUGCUGCAAUAUGGGGAUCACUAUUAGGUGCUUGUAGGUUUCAUCAAAAUGCUAGCAUCGGCAAAAUUGCAGGCAAUCGGCUUUUGGGAAUUGAGCCUGAAAAUGCAGGGAAUUAUGUUGUUCUUGCUAAUUUGUAUGCCUCUGCUGGAAGAUGGGAAGAGGUCAGAAGUAUCAGAGAGAUGAUGAAGAGAAAGUCGGUGGUAAAGGUGCCAGGAAAGAGCUGGAUCGAGGUUGAUCAAACCCUUCAUACCUUUCUGGCCAGUGAUCAAGCACAUCCAAGGAAGGAAGAAAUUCUUCAAAAGGUUAGAGAUAUGUCAGUAAGGAUCAAGGGAGUUGGUUAUGUUCCUGCGGUGAGUUGUGUCUUGCAUGAUGUGGAUGACGAGCAGAAAGAGAAAUUACUGCUUGGCCACAGUGAAAAACUAGCUCUGGCCUUUGGUCUGAUUGCUUCUCAAGGCAAGCCCAUUCGUGUUAUCAAAAACUUAAGAAUUUGUGUUGAUUGCCACAAUUUUGCAAAGUUCGUAUCCCAAGUGUAUUCAAGGGAGGUUACGCUUAGGGAUAAUGUUCGAUUCCAUCACAUUGUUGAUGGAGAAUGUUCAUGUGGAGAUUACUGGUGA